AUGGUGACCUUGUUAAUCACAAGUGAAAGGACAUUUAAGUCAACGAAAGCGGAGUCGAGGGUGUCCAGCUCCAGCUCCAGAACAGACGAGAGGAGGAGAUCGCGGAGCACAGGUCGAGAAAAAACGAAGCGGAAACGCAGUCGAAGUAGGUCUUCCUCGUCAUCCUCUUCUAGGUCGUCUUCAUCGUCAUCGGCAUCCUCCUCUUCUUCCUCGGGCUCAUCAGACUCAUCGAGCAACAGCCGGAGUAGCUCGAGCAGUAGCGACUCUGACAGUAAAUCCAGAAAGCAGUCUAAGAAACGGAAAAAGGAGAAACCACAGAAAAAACAGAAAGGAAAGAAAGAAAAACGGCACAAACGUAAAAAAGACAAGAAAGCAAAAGGAGUCGAGGAAAACACGGGACCUGUACAAAUCUCCAAGUACUUGAAUGACAAGAAAAAGGGCAAGUACAGCAUGAUUUCAGGGAAGAAGAUAAAGAUGAAAUUAAAGAAGUCAAAGAAAGACAAACAGCGCGAUAAAAAUCGAGCACAACUUCUUGAGUUCCUGAACUCCACCGUGUGAUGCCACGGUGGAAGGCAGUAAUAGUGCUCCGACACGUCGGCAGAACUCAGGAAACAACAAUUUGGCUUUCCAGGAGAACAACAAUGAAGAGUUUUCUGAGAGAGAGAUGGUGAAUACACCUUGCAUUGACACACACGCAGCACCAAGUGUGACGAAGGGAAGGAGCUGUGUUCAGACCACUGGCUUCCACCGCGGCGCUGUCCAGGGGGCGGAUUCUUCAGCUUGGCCCGGUAGCUUUUGUGAUCUGAGAAUGUUUAUGAUGAGCAGUGCCGUGAAACAUUGUAAUUAACUACAUCAGAGGAAGGCCAGUGACUGCCAGCGAUCAGCUUCUCAACUUUGUGGUUUGAAUGUACGGUCACCCCUUCAAAAGUGUACUCCACCAUUUGAGCUUUUUAUUCCUAUGACAUUGUCGGACUCACAGUGGACCAGAGAAAUAUUCUUCUUCCAUCUAUUUCAUUUUAUGCAUUCUUCUUUAAAACCAGUCGCCAAGGAAACUUGACAAGCCGCAGAGAUCUGGUAAACAUCUUUCUAACCAGCCGGACCCACUCUGACUCGAGUGACAUCACUUGAGUCACUCUAUCAGACUUCACGCAGCUCCUUCUGAAGACUCAAAAGGCCUCACACCACUUGUACUCUCGCAUGCGCAGCAGUACUCAACCCCUGAAACACACUUUCAUGUGUAAAAUUCAUUCUCCUUUAAAGUUCAGAAUAUGGUUUACCUGCGGGCUCCGUUAACCGUUCUACAUGUAAGAUUGCCCAUAAUUAUCCUGUUUUUGUAGAUAAUAACCAUGAUGUUUCCACAGUAAAUGUGAGAGCCAGAGUGUUAUCAGCGUGUACUGAUAUUUAAAUGUGUACAUUUUGUUUCAAAUUAUAUGGGAAUCAACUUUGAUGGUCACUGUAUGUCUUAUUUUGAACAUUCAUUCCCCCAAAUUCGUAAAUAUUGUUUCAACAUCAGUCAUUUUGUUAAAUUGAAAUAAAUCAAUCCACUUGAAAGCU